AUGUCGAACCAAACCUCCCAGCAAGAAGCCCCUGGGCGAAUAUCACGAUCACGACGAGCCAUCAAAAAAGUUUUUACAGCAUUGCUCAAGCCUAACCGUUCUCGAUCUCGGUCCGGUGACCCGAGUCUACACACAACAGGCUACCAGUCUCCUGUCAACAGAUUUCCCGAUGUGCCUCCAGUCUAUACAAUAAUGGAGUUCCCGACCCCUAGACCCGACAAUGACAAGCCCUCAAAAUCGUCACUGGAUGAUACGAGGGCUUCAACCGGUGGAGAUAUGACGAUAGAAAUGCUAAUACAACCGACCCGACAUCUUGAACUGAUCAAUCCUGAAAUUCAGAGCGCGGCCCCGACCAGUAUUUUUCUACAGAAGGUGGUACAGCAGCCGGAACCCGUCCCGGUUCCGGAAAUCAAAGCCCAGUCGACGGCUACUCCCGAGAGACCGAAAUCACUUAUGAAAUUGGCCGGAGCUAAACGCGAUUCUGACAUCAUUUACCCGCCGUUUAAUCUCUGGAAGGAGCUUGUGCAAAACAUUAUUAAGCUUGGCGUCGAACCUCAAGCCGUUAGCCCCAUGGCUCUUUUUGAAUAUGUUGAUAUACCAGAACGACAGGCUCCAUGGUACGAACCAGCUGCAAUCGACAUACUGACAAUCGAGAACGAUGCAUACAAAGUGGCUACCGAAUAUGUUAUAGCUGCUUCCGGCCAUGUUAUCCGACCCCACUCUAGUGCGAAAAAAGUAACGGCUUGGACACAGCUGGGGGAUUUCGAUUUCCGCUUAAGUGCUGUAGACGCCUAUGCCGAUAACUUGAUCCGAGGUGUUAAUGCUUGCAGGGAAAAAUGUGGAGACACGCUAGUGGAUAUAAAAAUGGCCAUUAAUGCGUCGAAUCUGGUGGAGGUUCUCUUGGAAUUGAAACAAUCAGCUGCGAAUUUGAGGGAAGCCAUUAUGUAUCGCAUCAUUCGGAGACACGAUGAUGGGAAAGCGAACGUCUGGAUCUCUUAA